AUGGCGCGCACGCGUGCUCAGGCGGCGACCGGCAAGCAGAAGCGCAAGCCCCGAAGCGCAGUUCCCAACAGCAAGGUCACUGCCGGAAUGAAGAUCAAACAGGAGAUUACGGAGAGCGAAGACGAAUCAUAUGAGUGCGAUGGAGAGGAGGAGGACAGCGACGAGAUCAACUCUUCGGACGAGCAGUACCUGAAGCAUUUCGCUGGCCUCAGCACCCACAAGAUCCUCAAUGGUAUGAAGUGCAAACGCUGCAUGGGCACGCAUAUAUACACGUUCAUGUCUUCUGACCACAGCGACAGGAUAUGGCAGCGCACGAUACAGCAACGAGGAGGAGACCAAGAUCAUUCGUCAUGCCAUGGGUGGCCUCAAGUCAGUUACCUCGUCGUCUGUCUUUGAUCACAUUCAAGCUGACUUAACUUACGAACAGUGUCUUCCUCGGCAAGUCUCUUCCCGAUCCCUUGCAGCUAAUCGCGCUCGCCGUCGAUCUGAACAUGCCUCUCGGCCUUGGCAACCGCGCUGUCGAAGUCUGUCUCGACAAGAUCAUCGACAAGAUCAUGAAUCGCCUCUCCGACGUCGGCCUCAAGGGUCUCAUCUUCGUGGACAAGGACGACGAUGACGAGUGGGAGAUUAAGGUCUCCAAGACGUUGAUCGAGAAGGUGCAGAGCGGAGAGUUCGACUUCCGUCGUCUCAAGUCUUUGAAGAAGGAGUCGAACGUCCGCAAUCGCUUCGUGAUGCUGGAGGGGAGGAACGAGAUGGGCAAAGCGGCAUUGGUCAGGGAUGCGAUGGAUAUCUUGGUUCGCCAGAAGGUCAGUACCCGAUUCUCUUUGGCAUAUGUCGCUUCUUCAUUUUCCAUAUUGCUGACUUCCUUGGCUUGGUAUAGAUCAUCGUCAACUCCGACUCCUCCCAGCGAGCCCGUACCCGCGCAUCCCAGAAUCUUCAAAAGCUCCUAAGCCACACUUCCCUUCCCAACUUGGCCAAGGUCGGGACUUCGCGCUAUGCGGCGACGACGAUGGCGGAUGACGACGAGUACAGCGCCGAGGAGGAAGAAGCUCCCUCGCCAGUGACGAAGAAGAACAACAAGGCUGUGGUCCAGAAGCAGCACCACAAGACCAAGAAGCCUGCUGUAGUGAUGUAUGCGUCAGAGAGUGAGGAGCAGGUCCAGCAGGAGGAGCAGGAGGAGGUGCAUCAUACUAUGCACGAGCAGAAGAAGAAGAAGCAUACUGCUGCUUUCUCCAAGAUGUCCAACAUGAAGAAGACGAAGCAGCCCGUUCCGGACUCGGAGAGCGAAGGCGAGGAAGAGGACCAGGUCGUCCCGCAUCCAGUCGUGGUCGGCAAGAAGAAGAUGAAGCAGGCUGCUGUGGCAAACGACUUCGAGGGCGCUUUGAAGUCCGUUGUGGCUGACAAGAAGAAGAUGAAGCAGCCUGCCGCCGUCAUUGUCACUCAGGAUCCUGUUGCCCAUCAGGAGGACGAUGCUUCUGCCAGCGAGGAGAUACAGCCACCACCGGUCAACGUCGCACAGAAGAAGAAGCAGCCUGCCGCCGUCGUUGUCCCUGAAGAGCCUGUUGUCCUUCAGGAGAAUGAUGCCUCCGCCAGCGAGGAUGUACAGCCACCACCGGUCACCAUCGCAAAGAAGAAGAAGCAGCCCUUCUCUCCUCAGCACGUCAUCGCACAGCGUGUUGCUCCUCAGCCUCUCGGCAAGCGGAUCCCGGUCGUUCCCAAGCCACAGACCACCAUGCCGAAUCAUUCUUACUAUGCUUCGGACAGCCAGGACGAGUCGCCGCUUGUUUCUCCGCCGCUUCCGAAGAAGCCCUCGUCUGCCUUUCAACCUGUCGCGUCUCAGUACGUGGCCUCUCCGCCCGCCACCGACAACGUUCCGGUUGCUCUACCCAAGCCACAGGCCGCGACCCAGAACCCGUCUUACUAUGCUUCAGAGAGCGAGGGCGAAUUGCCACCACCGCCCACCUUUACGUCAUCAGCGAAGAAGACAACGAAGCAGACCAACAAGCACAUCUCCUCCAAGCAACAGAUCAUGUCUGGAACAGAAGAGCCAGAGGUCGCCGAUUUCCAGAUCAUGCCAUCUCGUCCCCUCCAGCAGCAGCAGCUCCAGACGCCGCCACCGACGCCCUCGCCCUCUUCAUCUGCCGCUGCGGUCAAGAAGAUAGCUCCCAUCCGCAAGACCAAGGACAAGCAGCCAGCGGAGGCCCCCCCUGCCCCCUCUCUCGCCCACCUGGACCCUAUCAUUCGCGCCAUGCGCGAUGCAGGAUCCAGCGAGUUGCUCAUCUCCAACUUCAUACGCGAGUCGCAGCAGCAGCAGCAAACCCUCCUUCAGCAACAACAGGCACAAGCGCAAAAGGAAGAAGUCACCAACGCAGACUGGGCCAAGGAGGCUUUCCGCUCUUUCGUCCAUCGCCUUCUUAACCAUUACCGGCCUGCGGAGAAGAUGGACGAGAAGCACCUACGUGCCGUGAAGAAGUUUUUGGGGGUUCAGGAUGCUGCGCAGAUCGCCGAUGCCGUUGAUCAGGAGGAGGACGAGGAGGAGGAGGGCGGUAAAGACUACGAGGGCUUCAUGCUGUCGGUCAUGGCUCGCGAUCCGAGUGUUGGUAAGGCCAAGAAGGACAUUGUCGCCGCUUAA